AAAAAAAGUCGCGCAUUAUACAAAUGGAAUUUUAGUUACAAUGUAUUGCAGUUAUCAUAAAAGAGGCACAAUUAAACUUUCAAGUAUAAAUACAACAUGGUUAUAAUGAGAAUUUAUUGUUCUGCUGUAAGACUUCUGUCAAGAACAGAUUCAAAGUCAAGGUUUCAGGGUCAUGGCAGAAAUAGACUAGUUGACAACACAUGGCAGCAACAAAAUUGUAAGUUCUUCAGCUUCCCUAAACAAAGCCGCAACCGCGAGUACCGCGGGAGGCAGCUAGUGGGAUACACCAUGGAACAAAUGUAUGAAGUUGUUGCUGAUGUAGAGAAUUAUCACAAAUUUGUACCUUGGUGCAAGCAGUCUGUAGUGAAACAAAAGUCAAGUAAUCGACUAGUAGGUGAACUCAUAGUCGGAUUCCCUCCUAUAAACGAAAACUAUACAUCCAUUGUGACCCUAGUCAAACCACAUUUAGUAAAAGCGGAGUGUACAGAUGGCCGACUUUUCGAACAUCUCAUUACUGUCUGGAGAUUUAGCCCUGGUCUCAAAAAAGAACAACAAUCCUGUGUAGUGGAUUUCCACAUAGAUUUUGAAUUCCGUUCAGUAUUUCAUUCCCAAAUUUCAAAUUUGUUCUUUGACCAAGUUGCCAAAAAAAUGGAAGGAGCAUUCAUCGCUGAAGUUGGUAAUAGAUUUGGUACAGCAACUAUGCCUCCAAGAAAUUUACUAAUCUGAAAUUAUUAGUACAGUUGAAUUAUCUCACUAAUCCAGCACUAAUUCUGAUAGAAGACGCAAGAGAGCCGGAUUCAUAGAAAAUUCGGAUUACUGGAAGUUAGAGAAAAU